UAUUUCGUUGACAUAUUUCGUAGAUAUAUCAUGGCGUUAUCCGACAAUUUUCUUUGUCCCUUUCUAUUCUCAGCCAACCCGAUAACCCAACCGCCAAGUACGCCAAGAUGAAGUCAUUCUUGACCUUGGCAGCAAUUGCUGGCUUCCUUAGUGAACCCGCCUUUGGCGCACCUUCAUUCGCAAGACGGCAAAACUCGACUAACUGGGCUUCUCAGGAAUGGGAUGCUAUAGUCGUCGGUGCUGGAACAGCUGGGAUCAUCGUAGCUGAUAGGUUGAGUGAAGCUGGGAAGAAGACUCUCUUACUAGAGCUUGGUGGUGCCUCGUACGGAGUUACGGGAAGCACAGAAAGACCGGCAUGGCUCGAUGGGACAUCGCUAAGCCGCGUUGAUGUACCUGGAUUAUACACGAGUAUAUUUGGUGGAAACACAGAUCUCCUGUGUCCUCCGGGUGUCGUGAACUCUUUCCAAGCAUGCACUAUUGGUGGGAAUAGUGCCAUCAAUGCUGGCCUGUACUUCCAACCUCCCGCCUCUGACUGGGAUGAUUAUCAUCCAGAGGGAUGGAAGAGCGCCGACGUCGAGGAUGCGACGCGGAGACUACUAGACAUGCAACCUUCGAUAACGAGCUACUCAACAGACGGCAAGUUCUACAUGCAAAGCGGCUAUGAAGCAGCAAAGAAAUGGCUCGUUGACGGAGCUGGGUUGUCCGAUGUGAUGUUCAAUGAAACUCCAGAUGAUAAGGACAUGGUCUUCGGGCGACCAGCUUACAACUACAUUGAUGGUCAACGAGGUGGCCCAACUAGGACAUACUUACAAAACGCCCUAAAGAGAAGUAACUUCCGCCUCCAGACGGGUGUUCACGUUAAACGCAUCAACCAUAUCAACGGCAUAGCUUCCGGAGUCACCGCCGAAGUUGAUGGAUCGUUAUUAGAAAUUCACAUUUCUCCCUGUGGCCGAGUGAUUCUAAGCGGAGGCGCUAUUGCUUCCCCGGGUCUGCUAAUGCAUUCCGGUAUUGGUCCGCUCGAGACACUUAUGAACAUGGCCGCAUCUGGGUUCCUAACGCUGAACUCCACAAGUUGGGUUCCUAGCCCAUCAGUCGGCGAGGGUCUUUUCGACAACCCCAACACCUUCAUCGAACUUACCGGACCAGAAAUCGAGUCGUACACUCCCGACUACAACAACCCCAUCCCUGCGGAUAGAGAUCUUUACUUAUCAUCACGCAGUGGUCCCUACGCUUCCGCGGGUCAGACUUCUGCUUUCUGGGCGUACAUGCCUAAUCCCGACGGCACCAAGACGGGAGUCCAAGGUACGAUCGGCUCGUCUGGCUACGGAGAAUAUGUGGACAAUAAGACCAUCACGCUCAACAUCUAUGGUACCUCGGGUCUAUAUUCGGCGGGACGUGUUGUCCUGUCGGACGACGGAAACUUCGUACCAGGUCCCAGUUCUGGUAUCCUUUACAGCGACCCUCGUGACGGCGAGAUCAUCGCAAAGUUUAUCCAUACCAUAUUCCAAGCUCUGCCACCUUCAACUCCCGAUUCGCCGGCUACCGAUGGUCUCACUCCGCUUAACAUUCAUCAGAAUUGGACCCAAGAGGAGAUCCGUACUUAUAUCACCACGUGGUCUCCCUACGCAGUCGGCUCUGUCCAGCAUUGGUCUAGCUCAUGCAGGAUUGGGAAGUGUGUAGAUGCGGAUACGAAGGUCAUUGGCACCGAUAACAUCUAUGUCGUCGAUGCGUCUAUUAUCUCACCGCUGACUGUCAACCCUCAAUUCGGUGUGAUGGUUGCGGGAGAGAAGGGCGCGGAGAGGAUACUGGAAACCUGGCAGUAAGUUAGGAUGGGUACUAUUGUUUAGAUAUCUAGCUUCAUGCAUCGAACGGCGUUUAUCUUAUACCAUGGAUGAUAGUAGACGGAGCGUAUGAUUACACUUUAUGAUAAUAUAUUGAUUGUAUCAUCUGUGCUUUCAGAACAUUAAGUAGUCUACCACUGGGAAUUCAAAGGUAGAAUA